CUCUGCGAACGUAAACUCGGGAGCGUACUAUAAUAAUCGUGCCUUCUUCAUUUCAUGCUUAUUCAACACAAAGGAACAUUCAACAAAGUGAAGUACCGAGAGAGAGAGGGGGAGAGAAGGAGAGAGAAAGAUAUAUCUAAAGCAGUAGAGGACACUUCUCUGAAUCACCUGUUCAGUCGUGAUUUAAAUUUGCGUUGUACGUGAAGUUGAAUUGAAUCCUUUACAAUAUGUCCUUGCGGGACACGUUAUUGUGCUUAUUUAUUGUUAUGCUAAUCAAUUGUUUACAAUGUUAUGCAGAGGAAAAUGUAACCGAUGCUACGGAAGAAACGCGAAACGAGGAUGCGCUCGCGAAAUUGGUCAGGAUGUUUUCCAAACCGGGAGCAUUUAAGCGGAUUAAUGCGUUGCUCGGUGAAAAUUCGAUUGAGGAAUCCUCAACAUCUUGUCCAAAAAGUGAAGAAGGUCUAGAGUGUAGAAGAGCAGAAGCUCGUAGAUCCGUUGAUUGUCCAGAAGAACAUCUGUUACACCAUCAGUAAAGGUUUUCAAAUCAAGGCUCUACAUAUCAGCUUAUAUCUCAGCCAUUUUUUUUGUAAUUUUUAAUAUUGUAAAUUGUUUAUAAAAGUACUAUAUAAAUAUAUAAAAAAUAGUUUAAAUUUAUGGCUAUUUUUCCGAGAGCCAGGGUAGCGUAACCCCUUAAACAAAGCAUACAACAAAGAAAUUUACAAACCAUAUUUCGGAUCUACAACUAAAUUGAAAGCUAGGAGCACCCUAUAAGUGGAGGAAGUUGAAAGUAUCAUCUCAAGCAUUAAACAAAUUAUGGAAUUAUUAUCGAUUACCACACUAGAAAAUAAAGCAAUAGAGGUUUUGUCUAUAUCUUUUGUAAAUCUUGCCAAAUGUAAUAGACUACAAGUAACAUUAUUCUUUAAAUCCUUUAUAUUUUAUUGUGUUUCUAAUUCUAAUUAUUUUGUAAAUACUUUUAACUACUUUUUAAAGAUAUUUGGAGAGGACAAAAACCUUUACAUCAUGCUCGAUAGCCUAAAACAAUACAGACAUCUAAGAACUUUGUACAGCUUACACACUUACGGAGAAAAAGGCAAUCGUAUAACUCAAUAUUUUCUUAUAUGUCAUAACAUCUUUUACAGAUGACCUUCAGAACAUUUUCACUUUAGUUUAUAUGAUUACACCUGAUGGUGAUUUAUUAUUCGUAAUAAGAGCUGUUUAGAUGUAAUUGCAAAUAAACAAUCUUCAGAAACAUCUGUCUAUCACCAUAACCAAAGAAAAUAUGCAUACUGUAAUCAAAAUUGAAUAUUCUCAUCUGAAAGGAAUCUUUCCAGUCAUUACCUUUUUAGAAAAGGAAGCCAUUGCACUAAUAAGAGCACAACUUGUACCUAACAUCACCACAGAAAAACGGUUGUUACUUAUACCUGACUUAAACUCACCAAAACCACAAGACAUAGCCAAUAUCUCUAUUCCUUAUAACCAUUAUAAAUAGACUCUUCAAGAUGAUCCAAAGCUUCAACUGUAUUAUACAUUAUAAAUAAGGCAAAGAACAUCCUGCAUUACAUUUAUUUAAUUACAGUCGAUUACUCGGAUAGACUUUGUUAUACAGUAGUCUGUCAUCGCCUCCCUAUAACUGGGAGUCAUUCUCACUGGUUGGACAAUGAGACUCUUCUUAUCUGGAUAAUUUAAUACUGACAACAGGCAUGUGUAAGCUUUUAUAGAUGAAAGAAGAUUAUUACUGCCAGUCAAUUAAAUUCACUAUAAACUCGAACAAAUCAUUUAUAGUUCAACCUAAUCAUGAUACAAAAAUAAGAUAUGAGUGACCAUUGCACUGACAAAGACUUUGAAGAGUUACCAAAACAGAUAUCUAUCCCAACAUAUAGUAGAGUUUUAUUACAGUCCUAUUAAAAAUGCUAUACUAGAAUGCUGGAUUAUCCAGUAUCCUAAAAAAUACAUAACAGUUACAUACAAAAACACAAUCGGUGAGACACCGAAUUACACAUUAUAUUUACUAAGUGACUAUUUGCUACAAACAUUACAAACAGAAACAUGCUUGGGGCCAUACACAGGAAUUAUUAAGUAUCUGGAGGGAUCCUUGCCAAGGACAUUGAAUGACUUGAUAAUAACAUUUAAACAGAGAAUAAGAAAUUGGACCUUAGGUGUUCCACAUGAAUCUGCAGCUUUAGCCAAGAUUACAUAUGAACAGAUUAGGGACCAUACCAAUGUACAGAUAUGGAGAACAAAAAUUCUUUGUUAAUGCUUUAAGGGCCGCUCACAAGUUUUCUCGUGUUUCGCCUCCGAUCUUUUACAGAUGGAUCACGAAAUAGCUUUUUUUUUUUUUUAAAUGAAACCCCAUAUAUAUCUUAACUUCAUAAUCUUUUCGAGACAACUAAUACCAUAUUUAUGACGGUUGCUAGUAUAAUUAACAUAAAAUAACAAAACAAAUGUUGUGCAAACUGUUUUCAGUUGAAGCAAGCGAAAUAUUGUUUUUGAUUGAUAUUUUUUUUUCUUUUUAUUGAUGUUUACCGAAUAAAAAAUUAUGUCUUCAUAGAGAAAAAUAUUUCACGGAAUAUC